AUGGAGUCUAAACAUGGAGACAAGCCUGUCUCUCAGCAACGUGUCUCUAAAGACCUUGUAGAUGGCGAGAUCGUCAAGCCUGGCUAUGCACUGGCUGAUGAUGAGGAGCUCACUAUUGCGAUGGCCAACUAUAUCCCUGAUACAGCCGAGGAGAGAAGUCUUGUUCGCAAGAUUGACUUUACUUUGCUGCCAUGCUUAUGGUGGAUGUAUGUCCUUGCAUACCUGGAUCGUGGAAAUAUCGCGAAUGCGAAUGCGGCUGGGAUGAGUGAGAGUCUCAACAUGAAGGACAACGACUACUCGCUUCUUGUGUACCUCUUUUUCGUCGGCUACUUCCUCUGCGAAGUCCCCUCCAACAUGAUCAUGAACAAAUGCCGCCCGUCAAUCUACCUUCCAACCAUCGUCUGGGUUUGGGGUUGCAUCGUCAUUGCCCUCUCACAAGCCAAGAACUACAACGGCUUCCUCGCCGGACGAUUCUUCCUCGGCUGUGGCGAAGCUGGUCUCUUCCCGGGUGCCAUCUACCUUUUGACGUGCUGGUACACCAAGAAGGAAAUUGGCAAGCGGUUUUGUAUUUUCUACACAUCUGGCUGCAUUGCUCCGGCUUUGGGUGGUAUCAUGGCCGGUGCCAUCGUCAAAGGUCUCGAAGGAGUCCGGGGUAUAUCCGGCUGGCGUUGGCUAUUCAUCGUGGAGGGCGCACUCACAGUGUUCUGUGGUUUCGGGCUAUAUUUUCUUCUACCGGACUAUCCCCGCAACGCCCGCUAUUUCUCCCUGGACCAGCGUCGCCUCGCGCAGAUUCGCAUCCUCGUGGAUCGGCAGGUCAGCGUCGGCAGCACAACACGCCGUAUGACUUCGUGGCAAGCCUUCAAGGCUGUUGUCACCGAUGGGAAGACAUGGUUCUUUCUUAUUGCAUACAGCAUCAUCAUCCUCGGCAUGUCCAUCUCUUACUUUGUUCCGACCAUUCUCAAGACCAUGGGCUAUACCAAGGUCACUGCGCAGUGGAUGACUGUCCCCAUCUGGAUCACCGGCGCCGUCUGUCAAUUGGCUCUGUCAUGGACCUCAGACAAGCUCCAAGACAGAAGAUGGCAUAGUUGCGGUCUUUACGGACUUGCAGCUGUCGCAUGCAUAAUCUCAGCCUUCGUUCACUCUGCCAUAGCCAAAUAUAUCAUGAUGUGCCUGCUUCGAGUCGUCCCAUUCCCCGACCAGAAGCGCUCCAUUGCUAUUGCCUUUGUCAACUCAUUUGGCCAUCUGGCCAUCAUCUACGGAAGUUAUUUGUGGCCCAGCACCAACGCUCCUCAGCACUUGGUCAGGUUUGCUACUCUGACGGCUACUUGCGGCUUCGGAUGUGUUAUCGCGAUUGUUGCGCCAUGGUACUUUGGGCUUCUACCCAAGGAGCCUGUCACCAAGGCCGAGCGAGAGCUGGUAGCUCUCCAACAGCAGGAUCAGCAACAGGAGUGA